AUGGCACAAGAAAAAGAGAUCAGGUGCUUCGUUUGCGGGGCUGUUGCGGGAGCCACGUCUAGAACCGUGACCGCGCCUCUGGAUCGUCUACGAGUCCUCCUCCAGACCAACACGACGAGCAGCCCGAUGACCGUCCGUCAAGGGAUGCAACACAUAUACCAGAAAGGUGGCCUGGCCGGGUACUACGUUGGGAAUGGCAUGAAUGUCCUCAAACACUUCCCGGAGGCGGGCGUGAGGUUCUUGACGUUUGAGAGGCUCAAGAGCGUGGCAGCAGAUCUACAAGGGGUAAAGGAAUCGGAUCUAGGACCGGUUUCUAGGUUUCUCGCCGGAGGUUGCGCGGGUGUUCUGACCACGGUCGUGGCAUACCCAUUCGAGGUGGUGAAGACAAGGAUACAAGUCUCCAGCGAUGCAAAAACGAGCGCUCUAAAGUUGACAAGGGAGAUGUGGGUGCGUGAAGGUGGCUUCUCUUUGUACAGGGGAUUGCUUCCCUCGGUGAUGGGGAUCUUCCCCUAUGCUGGUUUUGACUUUGCGAUGUAUGAGACGCUUAAGAAGGGCAUCUUGGAGAGAGGCUUGAUUGACUCGGAUUCGAAGUAUGCCCCGCUGGUACAUAUGGGGUGUGGGAUUGUAUCGGCGAGCAUUGGAACGACUUUGGUGUAUCCUUUACAUGUGGUGAGGACUAGAUUGCAAGCACAAUCCACGGUAGCAAAUGGGUCAGAGGAAUUAUACAAGGGAAUGAGGGAUGUUUUCAAGAGAACUUAUGCAAGAGAGGGUGUGCGGGGGUUCUACAAAGGGCUCUUGCCAAAUCUGUGCAGGGUGGCACCAGCAGCGAGUGUGUCAUAUUGUGUUUACGAGCAAAUGAAGAAGCUGCUAAAUGUAGAGACGUCCUGA